CAGACCAGUUUCAACACCACAAAAUCUGGCGUGCUUCGUUUGACUACAAAAAUAGAAUUUAAUUUUUAUUUUGCGCUUCAACUAAAAUGGCAUUCCAGUUGCCUGCUACCACAAGUGCCCCUGCAGCUGCAGGUUCGUUCUCGUUCGGCACGAAUGCUCCAGCACCAGCAGCUGGCGCGGCCGCUGCUCCCGCCGCAAAGCCAGCAUUUUCAUUUGGCGGUCCAACCGGUCUCAACAUGGGCGGAGGAGAUGCGGAUAGCGCCAAGGCACAAGCUCCGCCACCGUUUAGCGGAUUCGGAUUGUCUGGAGCAACCACGGCGCCAGCACUCUCGCUAUCGACGACAUUGGGCGGAUCUAACACAGGCGUAACGUCAACUGCGGCACCAGCGGCCACAGCUGCAGCGCCAGCCUUCGGAGCGGGCUUUAUGGCCCAGCCCACGGCAGCAGCAACACAGGCAACCGCUGCACCCACUACGGGACUGAUUGGUGGCCCAUCGCUCGGUUUGACGACAACUCCAAAGAGCACAGCGGCACCAACAGCCGCUGUUGUGGCUCCUCUCACUGGAGUUGUGGCGCCUGCUGUCGGCACCGGUGGGGCAUUUGCCAAUUUAACAACCGAGACAAAGACUACGGAUUCGGCUGCAGUUUCGAAUGCUUCGCAACUUUCGUACAACCAACUGGAGGAGCACAUCAACAAGUGGACACUGGAGUUUGAGGAGCAGGAAAAAGUAUUCACCGAGCAGGCAACGCAGAUCAACGCCUGGGAUAAGUUGCUGAUCAGCAACAACCACAAAAUUAUCGAACUCAAUGAUGCCGUGAAGAAGGUGAAGAACGAUCAGCAGGUGCUGGACCAGGAGCUCGAGUUUAUUGCCACCCAGCACAAGGAGCUGGAGGAGAGUCUAGCGCCCCUGGAGAAGGAGUUCGUCGGCCUGCCAAGGGUCGACAUGGAGCGCAAUCAGACCUUCCUCAUGGUCGAGAAUCUGGAUACCCAGCUGAAGCAGAUGUCCGAGGACCUUAAGGAGAUCAUCGAUAACCUGAACGAGGCCAGCAAGGGCCAGGACCACAGAGAUCCGAUCAUACAAAUCGGCAAGAUCCUCAACGCCCACAUCAGCUCGCUGCAGUGGAUCGAGUCGCAGUCGAACAACAUCUGCAAGAAGCUCGACGACAUUGGCAAGAUCCACGACACCCAAAAGCGCGACGUCUUUCGUCCUCCAUUGAAGUGAAGUCUUCCCGUUAAUUGAAAUAAAGAAAUCGUUGUAACUAUAUA